AUGAGUGUAUUCAACCGACGCUGCUUGCUACAUUCUCUGUACUUGGUUUUGAUCCCUUUUGCUCUCCAUCAAAACAGUCUACAGGACCUCUCCACCGCCCCAAGAAACACCAUGGCGGCAGACAGGAGGCCCAAACUCAAGCCCAGGCUGAAUCACAAGCAAAAGUCCAAGCCCGCUCCUAAGCCUACUGCCGGCACCGACGAACCAGAUAUCAAACCCACUACUUCUCAAGAUCAGGACUCAACAGAGCCCUCUCUCAAACCCGCCCACGUCCCCAUUCCUAACAAGAUCGUGCUGGUGACAGGUGCAAAGAAAGGCGUCGGAUAUGAAGUAGCCAAAAUGCUCCUAAAGGACUGGCCCAACUGCCACAUCAUUCUGGGUAGCCGUGAACUGGCCAACGAAAAGGAAACCGCGAGGAAGCUACAAGCCGAGAAAGAUGUCAAGGGAACCGUGUCAGCCAUUGAACUCGAUGGGGCCAAUAUCAAUUCUGUGGACGCCGCUGUAGAGAAGGUGGCUGCAGACCACGGCCGUCUGGACAUCCUGGUCAACAUUCCCGCCGCCGUUUCGCAAACAAGCUUGCCUUCCAAACCGGAAUAUCGUAAAAUGAUAAACGAGAACCUCGCAGACACUCUCACCGUGACGGAGACCUUCCUCGAUCUUUUGCGCAAGUCUACAGAGCGUCGUCUGGUCUUCGUUCCGUCCAGCGUGGGCUCAGUCUCUCAGAUUUCCGGUUAUUGCUUGAUGCGCUACAGCGCCCACAAAUUUGAGGAAGACCUUAGCAGGGAUGCUCUGAACAUGCUGAUUAAAACUUACUGGAAUCGUCUGCGAGAUGAACGAUUCAAGGUUCUUGGUGCGGACCCUGGUACGCUUGGAACCAGAUGCGUUGGUACUGAUCAGGCAAUGCUUGAUUGUGGUGCUGCCAUAGCUGCCGCUGGUGGUGAGCUUAUUGCGAAGGUUGUGAAAGGGGAAAUGGACGAUGCUAUUGGUUCUGUGGUGACAGACCCGAGAGACAUGUCGUCUUGGUACUAA